UUGGCCUUCAGCCGCUGGCCAGGCCUGGCUUGUUCCCCGUCGGCCUCCCAAACCAGUUCUCCCCCCAGUCCACCUUGCACACCCAAGGGACGGGAUUGCCUCUAGCACCAUUCUCGUAACACCUGUGCCGUCAUCCACCUUUUCCUGGCACCUUUGCGCAGCCCAUCUUGCAUCUUUUGUCAGCUUCGCGUCCAUCUUGCAUUGUGCUGCCAGCGUCCGCCGUCGACAACCAUCGCAUCGCACAUCAAAGACAACACUCGGCACCCCUGGAGUCAUUAUCCCCCGACUCGGAUCUACUCCCUUUCUGCUCUGUCCAGCCGCCAUCGACUUCGUCUCCGAGCCUCCGCCCGUUGAUCAACCUCCCCCAUCCACAUCCCAGACCCGCUCCUAUCGUUGAACGGCCACGCGACCGCAGCCCGCAGAUUCGCCAUCCUCUCCUGUGCCCGAAACAACAACCAUGUCUGUCGAAAUUGAUCCGCAGGAACUCGGCUUCCGCCGGCCCUUCACCGUCGAGGUCUCCCAGCUCCUGAAACUUAAGAACACGAACAAGUCCCCUGUGGCUUUCAAGGUCAAAACAACCGCUCCCAAGCAGUACUGCGUGCGGCCGAACUCUGGUCGCAUUGAGCCCGGGCAUGAAGUUGAAGUCACUGUCCUCCUCCAGGCGAUGAAGCAGGACCCUCCUGCGGACACCAAAUGCCGAGACAAGUUCCUGGUCCAGUCGGUCCCGAUCUCUGGAGAUCUAGAGUUUAGUAACGUGCAGACGAUCUGGGAGUCUGUUGAGAAGUCGCAGGUGCAAGAGAAGAAAAUACGGGUCGUUUUCCUGCCAGCUGGCGGCGCAGGCUCAGCUGGCGGCGUUGCUGCUACCCCCAUCAGGCAGCAGAACUUCACCAACGGCGCCGAGCAGACGCCAGACACCGCCCCCCCUCCUGCUUACUCCUCGCCGGACGAGCACCGACCGACCAGCAGCAACGCUCCACCAUCCGAGCCAGCAUCCGAAUACAAGGACGACGCCGAGGUCGCAGCACCCGUUGCCGCGGCCCCUCAGGCUGUGAACGAUACCCCCAAGGACGAGGUGAAGCGUGAAAUCGCAAGCUCAGGGGCCAGCGGUGCUGCUAGCACGGAACAAGAAGGCCUGCGACAGCGCAAGGGCCCUGCCGCGGCCGACAUUCCCGCCCAGAUCGCCACUGCCGCGAGGCCGCAGGGAACAGAAGGCGUCCCCAUCCAGAUUGCCGCCAUACUGUGUCUCGUCAGCUUCCUCCUGGCGUACUUCUUCUUCUAGUGGUAGACCACACGCGGACCGCUGUCGUUUUGCUCAUAAAGUCGGCUACACCAGUGGAGUACGGCAGGCAGCGAGACAAUUUUGGAACGGUAUUUCAUAACAACCGAUUUGGCUUGUUUUUGGAGUGGAGAUACCAUUGGGAGCAAGUUGCGUCUCGGGCCGCCCAUGGGUUUCGACGACUGCGGGCAGGAUGGGUCAAGGACGGUCAUCGAAACACCAUGAUGGCAAGUGAUACAGAUACUGGAAAGGGAGCGUGUGUUCCGACGGCCACAAAGAUCUUGAGAGAGUAGUCUAUCAUGUAUUUAUGUUGCGGCGUCAACCGAGGCGCUUUUAGCAGUAGGGGGUUCCCUUUUAAUGACUGUCUUUGCUCGAUUUUUAAUUAUUUGAGAACUGACCGACGAACACUUUCUAGAGGACGAGCAAGGUAGACCGCGGUAACCGGCGCUGUGCCUUGCAGCUUAAUUUAAUUAGUGCUUAAAGGCGUCAUGCGCGACCUCAAGUCCAAGCAUCCGGCCAAAGACAUUCUAGGGCCGAUCAUUGAACGUACGAAGGACCCAAGGGAAACGAUCAGCGACGACAUCUGCUCCACGGAUUACGCUGCUUCAAAAUGCACAUAGAAGUACUCUAGAAUGAUG